CUCCCUCCCCCCGUUCCUCCCUCUCUGUCUCUCCUUCUCUCUCUCCCCUGCCACAUUCCCUUCCUCCUUCCUUCUCCCGAGCACCAUGGAGUUCUCCGAGAGGAAAAGAAGCAGGAAAUCCCAAAGCUUUAAACUGGUGAACCAAGACUAUCACCAUGAGAUAUAUAAGGUUUCUGGCUUCAGCAAUGAUGUUAAUGGAGAGGCCAAAGAGACACAACCCAUUUUUUUAGGAGAUGAAAGCAUGGAAAUUAAAAAACAAAUUACAGGGAUGAGAAGAUUACUGAAUGACAGCACUGGAAGGAUCUAUCAGCGUGUUGGCAAAGAAGGAGAAAAACUAAAGGAAGAACCUCAGGAUUUAGACUUAGUCUGGGCUCAAAGUUUGAAUUCUUCCACUGAGGUCUCACAGAGCCUCCAUCCUUCCCCCAGUGGUACAUGGAAUGAGUUGCCAUCCCAACUUGGCCAAUUCUCAGGCCAGUAUGGAACCCGAUCAAAAACUUUCCAGACUCAGUCCAAAACUACUGGAGGAUCCAAUGGAGAACUUCCAGCAGUGAAUUCAUCAAUUGGAUCAAACUGCUGUACUUGUAACUGCCAGUCAACCUUGCAGGCCAUUCUUCAAGAACUCAAGACCAUGAGAAAAUUAAUGCAGAUUCAAGCAGUUGGAAGUCAAAACAGACAACAGCCCCCAAUUUCCCAUCUAUGCUCCCAGAGAACAGCUGUGUCCCGAAAAAGAAAUAAAAAGAAAAAAGUACUCCCAAAGAUCACUGAACCUAUUCCUAUGAAUAAGAAGCCCAGUGUAAUAGAGAAUGAAAAGACAACAGUCACCUCUGAACAAUCUGUUCUCCAAAAAGCUGAACGUAUCCCUGCUGAGGAGAAUCACGUUUUAGGAUUUGGCAUUGUUCUUGAAUCACCAUCUUCAGAUCCAGAAGUGCAACUUGCUGAAGGCUUUGAUGUGUUUAUGCCUAAAUCUCAGCUGGACUCUAUAUUGUCAAACUACACUCGCUCAGGAAGUCUUCUCUUUAGAAAGUUGGUGUGUGCAUUUUUUGAUGACAAGACUUUGGCAAACUCGUUGCCCAAUGGAAAGAGGAAAAGAGGACUCAAUGACAACCGGAAAGGACUAGACCAAAAUAUUGUGGGUGCAAUUAAAGGACAGUAUAUUAACAUUAUUAAAGAGAUUGGAAAUUAGGAACCAUAAAUGAUCAUGGCCCAUUUUAAAAGCAACAUUUGAGAUAUCCUAAUAAUGGAUAGUGGAUGAAAUUUGUCAUUGCAAGUAGACAGAUACAGGUUUGUUUUCUCAUCCAUUUUAGAUUGAAUAUUGGACAUUAAGCAAGUGUUUGGAAAAGGUACAUUAUAAAAGGAAUAUCAGAUGUGCCUUGAUUCUCUCAACUUCCCACUCCCUGGCUAGAGAUUAGAAUAACCUCAGGACAUUCAUCCUUGAUGGUAUUUAUCACAGUGAAGUGUUAAGGCAGUUGUCUAGAUAAUUCAGACUUGAGAAACAAUUGACCCAAAAUAUUCAAGUAAUGGAAAUAAAUGUAGUUUUUAUUUGAAUUAUCCUGAUGAUAUCCUUAAAGCCCACUCAGGUUGGUAGAUACAGCCUCAGUAAACCUAAUUCAUAAGGUACACUAAUUAUUGUUCCAGUUUGUUCUUCAAUAAUUCCCUAUGCCUCAGCUUUUACACCAUGAUAGUAAUAUUUCUCUCCUCUACUCAGUUUAUCUUAAAGGUUUUUUUAAACAACUUUCUUUACAAUAUUGGUAAGAUCUACCAGCUAAUAAAUACUGAUAAACAUUUUGUAAAAACAACAACAACAACAAUAAAACCGGUAUAUACAAAUGUUCA